CAUCAGAAGAGAGACUUGUGUUACAGUUUUAACGUUGGCGGGUUCAGGCUUGGAGAGCAGGCGUCCACAGCGGUCGGCGGUCCUGGAUGGGAUUUUCAAGCCCUUUCGCAAAGUCAAAAAUGGCUCGUAUGAAUAGACCUGCCCCAGUGGAGAUCACUUACAAAAACAUGAGAUUCCUCAUUACCCACAACCCCACUAAUGCCACGCUUCACAAAUUCAUCGAGGAGCUGAAGAAAUAUGGGGUGACAACGGUUGUUAGAGUGUGCGAGGCCACGUAUGAUGCAAACCUGGUCGUUAAAGAGGGCAUUCAGGUUCUGGAUUGGCCCUUUGAUGAUGGAGCUCCUCCUUCCAACCAAAUCGUUGAUGAUUGGCUGAAUCUUCUUCGGGUUAAGUUCAGGGAGGAGCCAGGCUGCUGCAUUGCCGUGCAUUGUGUGGCAGGCCUUGGAAGAGCCCCAGUGCUGGUUGCUCUGGCCCUGAUUGAGUGUGGGAUGAAGUAUGAGGAUGCUGUUCAAUUCAUUCGACAAAAGCGGCGUGGAGCAUUUAACAGCAAGCAGCUUUUCUACCUGGAAAAAUAUCGUCCCAAAAUGCGUCUUCGAUUCAAGGAUUCCAACGGUCAUCGCACCAACUGCUGCAUUCAGUAAAAGAUUGCGCAUCAGAUUUUCUCAAAUGUUUAAUGAGAAUUUGAAUCUAGCAUAAGAAAUAUGUUCUUCUAAUUGGUCAAUGUGAAGCUUCUUUCAUAGUGUCCCAUUCCCUCCUCUUCAUUUCUGUAUUUCCUGUGGAGAACCUCUGUCAGCAAGGUGAAGUGCUUGUUUGAUGAACAUGAGCUUAGUGUUUUGCGAGGAAGUUGGUUGGUGAACAUGGUCAAAUCCCACCUCUGCCAAACGUGUAGUAUGCUUUGUCUAAAUGGUUUAAAUAUUUACAUUUAAUGCAUUUCUUUUUUGUUAUUGAUGAUUUGUUUAUUUGUAAAAUAAAUGCCUGCCUCCAAAAAGAUCUAAAAUAAAUGCCUUAUUACAGCAGAAAGACACCGUCUGGUGGAGGAGUUCUUAAUGGCAUUUGGAGAGGGUUCUUGAUGUCAGAAAGAAAAUAGGAAGAGAUUUAAAAAAAUUAAGGAACAAGAUAUGUCUUUAUACAAAUAUAUUGAAGGUUGGAGUACUAGUUUUCGUUGUUUAUCCAAACUUUGUUUACCUAUUACUGCCAUGUCAAUAGUGUGAUGUUUGUGUUUUGGCUUAACUGGACCUCAAUGUCUGCGGUAUUUUUAUGCCUUUUUAUUUGAUGUGCGUAACUUAAUAUUUCAAUACUUGAUUUAUGUAUGGUAUUUGAAUAUGUGUACUGUUAAAUCACCUAUUUAUAUCAAUGGAUGUGUUUUAGUAUAGGGAGAGACAAGUUGCUACAAGUUCGCCAAUUUGGAAGUACAAUAAAGAUACACUGAAAGAA